AUGAAAGAAAAAAGUGCAAAACAACAAUUAUUUAAUAUAACAGAAGAUACAUUAGGUGGACAACUGAAAUUUGGUCUUGCAAAAUAUCUUGCUUUAGAAUUUACUAAAGUAAAACAUUUUGUUAAUUGUAUUGAUCACAUAAGAUUUCUUUCAUGGUUAAUGAUCGGUUCGUUAAAACAUGCAGCUAUAACACGCAAUAAAGGUAGAAUAAUAUGUCAUCGAAUAUCAGUUGUUGCAAGUCAAUUAAUAAUUGAUUAUAUUUUAUAUAUUUUUACUAGUUUUGCUAAUCAAUCAAAAACAUCAGUUAUUCAUUUGUCUUUAUUAUUUCAUUCAUUUAUUCUUUGUCAAUUAUGGACAAUGUAUUGUGAACAAGUUAAUUAUGGAUAUGAUCGUGAAUCAUUUGUUGAAAUUAUGAAUUUUUGA